CGCUCGCCUGCCUGUCUGUCUGAAGGCAGCUCUCUCUCUCUCUCUCUCUCUCUUUCUCUCUCUCUCUCUCUCUCUCUCUCUCUCUCUCUCUCUCUCUCUCUCUCUCCGUAGCUCCUGUAGAAGGAAAACGCAGGAGCGCCUGGACACGACGAGCUGCGCGCGCUCGAACGUCGCGCGCUGGUUGGUGUUCCCGGAGCCGCUCGAGAGGCGAGUUUGCGGCAGUUUGGAGUCGCGCGCCGCUCUCGCGCACUUUUUUUCGUGUAACGCCAACGGCUUUAGGAGAGAAGUGUGAAGCUGGCGAGUUCCUAACAGCUCGAGCUGCUUAAAGCUCGCUGAUUGUUGGAUUGUUGGUGCUGAAGAGGCUUAAGGUGGGGCAGAAGAGAGAGAGAGAAGCGGGGCUGAUCCCUCACUGUCUGUCUGCCUGCCCCUUAUCCAGCUGAAGAGAGAGAAAGAGGGGGAAAAAGAAGGAAAAACGAGACAUUUCCCCUCCCUUCCCUCCCGCUUGUUGAGUUUUUUUGGGGGGCGCGCGCUCAGAGCUUCAACAGUGGCCCUGAUCCGCGGACGCGUCUUUUGGGGAGUGAAUUAUUCUUAUUCCCCAGUGCAGCCGGACCAUGGCCGACGACGACGUGCUGUUUGAGGAUGUUUACGAGCUCUGUGAGGUGAUUGGAAAGGGGCCGUUCAGCGUGGUGAGAAGAUGCAUCAACAGAGAGACAGGCCAGCAGUUUGCGGUGAAGAUCGUAGAUGUGGCCAAAUUUACCUCCAGCCCCGGCCUCAGCACAGAAGAUCUGAAGAGAGAGGCCAGUAUCUGUCACAUGCUGAAGCACCCCCACAUUGUGGAGUUGCUGGAGACGUACAGUUCAGAUGGCAUGCUCUACAUGGUCUUUGAGUUUAUGGAUGGAGCAGAUCUCUGUUUUGAGAUUGUAAAGAGAGCAGAUGCUGGAUUUGUGUACAGCGAGGCCGUAGCGAGUCACUACAUGAGACAGAUCCUCGAAGCACUUCGGUACUGCCAUGACAACAACGUCAUUCAUAGAGAUGUAAAGCCCCACUGUGUGUUGCUGGCAUCAAAGGAGAAUUCAGCCCCGGUGAAGCUGGGCGGCUUUGGAGUUGCUAUACAGCUGGGAGAGUCAGGUCUAGUGGCAGGAGGCCGGGUAGGCACUCCUCACUUCAUGGCUCCUGAGGUGGUGAAGAGAGAGCCGUAUGGGAAGCCGGUGGACGUGUGGGGCUGCGGGGUCAUCCUCUUCAUCCUGCUCAGCGGCUGCCUGCCCUUCUAUGGCACCAAAGAGCGCCUGUUUGAGGGCAUUAUUAAGGGCAAAUACAAGAUGAACCCGCGGCAGUGGGGUCACAUCUCGGAGAGUGCUAAAGACCUGGUGCGGCGCAUGCUGAUGCUGGACCCUGCUGAGAGGAUCACUGUGUACGAGGCCCUCAACCAUCCCUGGCUCAAGGAGAGAGACCGCUAUGCCUACAAGAUCCACCUCCCUGAAACAGUGGAGCAGCUGAGGAAGUUCAAUGCCCGGAGAAAGCUGAAAGGUGCUGUACUGGCAGCGGUCUCCAGCCACAAGUUCAACUCCUUCUACGGGGACCCACCAGAGGAGCUGGCUGAGUUCUCUGAAGAUCCCACCUCAUCUGGCCUCGCACCCGGACUGAUAGCUGCAGAAAGGGCUGUGUCGCAGGUGCUAGACAGUUUGGAGGAGAUCCACGCACUGACAGACUGCAGUGAGAAAGACCUGGACUUUCUGCACAGUGUCUUUCAGGACCAGCAUCUCCACACACUGCUAGACCUGUAUGACAAGAUAAACACCAAGUCCUCCCCGCAGAUCAGGAAUCCUCCGAGCGACGCUGUUCAGAGAGCCAAAGAGAAGUCCGGUGAAGACGGGGCAGACACAGCUUUGAAACUUCUGGAAUGUGUCCUUGAAGAAAUUUCCUGCUACUCAGAAAACACAGACGCUAAGGAGCUGAGACGAAUCCUGACCCAGCCCCAUUUUAUGGCCUUACUCCAGACUCAUGAUGUUGUAGCGCAUGAAGUAUUCAGUGACGAGGCACUGAGGGUCACCCCCCCGCCCACCUCACCCUACCUGAACGGAGACUCACCUGAGAGCACCAACGGAGACAUGGACAUAGAGAAUGUCACACGAGUACGGCUGGUACAGUUCCAGAAGAACACAGACGAACCCAUGGGUAUCACGUUGAAGAUGAAUGACCUAAACCACUGCAUUGUGGCCAGAAUAAUGCAUGGUGGCAUGAUUCAUAGACAAGGCACGUUGCACGUUGGAGAUGAGAUCCGGGAAAUCAACAGCAUAAGCGUAGCUAAUCAGACGGUGGAGCAGCUCCAGAAAAUGCUUCGAGAGAUGAGAGGAAGUAUCACAUUUAAGAUUGUUCCAAGCUACCGAACACAGCAGUCGUCAUGUGAGAAAGAGUCCCCUACCACCUCCAGACAGUCCCCUGCUAAUGGCCAUUCCAGCAUUAACAGUUCUAUCUUGGACUUGCCGUCGACCAUCCAGCCAAAAGGACGCCAGAUAUAUGUGCGGGCACAGUUUGAGUACGAUCCAGCCAAAGAUGAACUCAUCCCCUGUAAAGAAGCAGGAAUUCACUUCAGAGUGGGGGACAUCAUCCAGAUCAUCAACAAGGACGACCAUAACUGGUGGCAGGGCAAGCUGGAGAACACAAAGAACGGCACAGCCGGACUCAUUCCCUCACCUGAGCUGCAGGAGUGGCGGGUGGCCUGUAUGGCCAUGGAGAAAACGAAGCAGGAGCAGCAGGCCAGCUGCACUUGGUUUGGCAAGAAGAAGAAGCAGUACAAAGACAAGUAUCUAGCGAAGCACAACGCAGUGUUCGAUCAACUAGAUCUCGUCACGUAUGAAGAGGUAGUGAAGUUACCAGCAUUCAAGAGGAAAACGCUAGUGUUAUUAGGGGCUCACGGUGUUGGCAGAAGACACAUCAAGAACACGCUCAUCACAAAACACCCCGACAGAUUUGCUUAUCCCAUUCCACACACGACCAGACCUCCAAAAAAAGAAGAGGAGAAUGGCAAGAACUAUUACUUCGUUUCUCACGACCAAAUGAUGCAGGACAUCGCCAAUAACGAUUACCUGGAGUACGGCAGCCACGAGGACGCCAUGUACGGCACCCGGCUAGAGACGAUACGCAAAAUCCACGAGCAGGGCCUGAUAUCUAUACUGGAUGUGGAGCCACAGGCUCUAAAAGUCUUGCGGACAGCAGAAUUUGCUCCUUAUGUGGUUUUCAUUGCUGCGCCAACCAUCACCCCAGGCAUGAAUGAGGAUGAGUCACUCCAGCGGCUGCAGAAAGAGUCUGAGAUCCUCCAGAAGACUUACGCACAUUACUUCGACCUGACCAUCAUCAACAACGAGAUCGACGAGACAAUCCGGCACCUGGAGGAGGCCAUAGACCUGGUGUGCACCACGGGCCAGUGGGUUCCCGUAUCCUGGGUCUACUAGAACAUCUCAAAAACUGCCCCACAGACUCUUCCCAUUCUUCCCAAUAACCCUGUCUCUCUGCCAUGUGUCUCUGCAAAAAAAGACAAGAGAAGAAAACAAAAAGAACAACACAUCAUUCCCAGGGCGAGAAAAACCCGCCUCCAGUUUUUAAAGCAACCUCAGUGUACAUGACCUGCAGUCGAUCCAAUCUCGGCCCCCCGUAGACGUAAUGUUGUAUUUAAAAAAAGACAGAAAAUUCCUGAAUAUUGUAAUGUCCUUAUAAAUAGGGUGCAACAUUUUGUAGACUUUUGAUUUAAAGAGACAGUAUCUUAAUAUCUGUUUUUUUUUUUUUCAUGAUUCCUGCUCUACAAAUGCUGCUGUUCAUUUUCAUACCACUUACAACAUGGGUGAUUUUUCACAUAGGGGAACUUUUAUGUAUCCAGAUUAUAAAUUCUCAUUAGUACAAAAAAAAUAGCUAGAUAUAAAUUGUAUUAUUAUUUAUUGCACCAUGUAUUAUUUGUAUGCAUUAAACCUUUAUGAUUUCCUUCUAUUUUUGAUACUUUAAACAGCAGUACUUUGCUGCUUUAGCUACUCUGGUAGCUUGUCCCAGUCCACACAACAAAAUGUCAGUGUUUGUUUUUGUAAAAAUUUACAGAGACAUAUUGUAUUAUUUUUUAUUCAUAUCUAUGCAAUAUUUGAAUUUGAACAGUAUAUUAUAUUACUCAGCAUUUCCAGCAUUACCAUCAUUACCACACCAGCCUUUGAUUUGUUUAUGAAAUAUUUUAAUAAGCAUAUUAAACAGACUGAUAGGGGAGCACACGUCAAUCAUAAAAGAAGAUUGACAUUAUUAUAUUUGGAAAAUUGAGUGACCGUAUUUUUUCGCACUAUAAGACACAUCGGAUUAUAAGGCGCACUGUCAAUUAACGUCUAUUUUCUAUCUAAUGCUAAUGCUGCUUCAGCAGUGCUAGCUGGGGUUAGCAGCAGGCUACAGGCCAAUAAUACAAUACCUCUGAACAUGGAAAGAGCUGGUAGAAUUCAUACAUAAGGUUCACUGAAUUAUUAGGUACACUGUCGAUUUUUGGUAAAAUUAAAGGAUUUUAAAUGCACAUUAUAGUGCAGGAAAUACGGUAUUUGUCUAUGUAUUCUUCCUGAUCGUGCAGUAUAUUUAAUCAGCAUCAUCAUUAUCAUUAUUACCAUACUCUUUUGACAGUUUUCACUAAAACACAACUAAAAUAUUUAUGUUAUUUGUAAGUGUAUUUGAAGUUCAUUCUAAUUCUAACUCUAGCUGUUGAGUAGUGUUAGGAAAUCCAUAAUCCAUAAUCAAGGUUGUUUUUCUCACUGAUAAAGUGAUCAUUGUUGUCACCUGCACAAAAAAGCAAUGACACCUGAUGAUGGCAAUGACAGUUUUUGAUGUCAUAAUCUGUUUAACUGUUUGGAAAUUAAUAUUAUUAUUAUAGUCAAGUUGAGUCUUGAUCAUUGUAAACUCUUUAUUUUUAAACAUAUAAUCAUUAUUGCUAAUUUUACUAAUAUUUAGGUGGUAAAAAGAGACCCUUAGUUGAAGAAUCACCCAUCACUCAAACUCUGCAGCAACCCCUUAAACGACGAGCUGUUCGUCAUAAAGACUGUAUGCAUUCCUCAAGUCAACCAUCACACAUUGUCUCAUUCUCUUCUCUGUACGUUUAUUUUCCAUUCGUUUUACAGUUCUGUAGACUGUGUGUAUCAUCUAAUCACCUUCAGACCAACUGUCCAGAUACUGUCUCUCUAAAGAAGAUACAUAGAUGUUUUUAUUUUUUAUUUUUAGAUCUGACGUCUCAUGCACGCGAAACAUUUCAGCAUCCAGAGGCUUUUUUCAUGCUGUCCGUGUUACCAGUGUCAGACCGCUGUUAUCCAGAGAACAUUCCAUUCAUCUGGACUGAUGCUCUCUCAGACCAAGGCUAUAAAGUGGAGAGCAGAAGAGGAAAAUAGAAAAAAGAACUAUGCACAUCCUUUCGGGCACAUUGGGACAUUCUGGGCAACUUUCUAAACGACGUCUUUUUCAGUGAGGUGUGUCAGGUGGUCUCAGUUUCAGUUGUUGUGAGAUCAGAAGGGUGUGUAUUCUGGUUUUGCCAUUUCAGAAACAUGUUGUCUGAGAGUGUUAACGUUUUAUCCGAGUCGAAUCGAGACAAGGAGGAAGAGGAGGUGAUUUUUAUUCCAUAUGUAACCGUUUCAGAUAAAGGUGCACUCAACACUUUGCAAAAUGAACUGUGUUGCAAAAAAGAAGAAGCCCCAGGUUUGGUGCAUCUGCCUUGUUAGUGUACAUGAGGAACUGUUUACUCUCAGACUGCCCUGUGUAAAUUCCUCUGCUGACAGCUGAGCAGCUCUUCAGUAUGAACAGUUUUUUAAAUAUAUUUCCUUUUCUGUGGUGAAGAA